GUCGCGCUUUAACUCGCGGUCCGCGAGGCGGAUGGUGCCGGGACACGCAAGAUAAUCAUCAGAAACGAAACAAAAAGUGCGGCUCUUAUUUUUUUCUUCUUCACCUUUUUUUUCAUUCUUCUCGUAUAAAGUCAAAUUAAAUCUUGCCUACAUAUAUGAAUCCAGUUUUGCAUAAUAAUUUUCUUUCAUUUUUCCUACUCGGAUUGAUCGGUCAUUAUCCUUGUUCAACAAUAUUUUUUGACCAAUCCAAAAUUUAUUGUUGAUAUAUUUUCAAUCUCUAGUUGUUGUUAAUUUUGAUCUCAACUAUUUCUUUCUUUCCUUUUUCUCUAUCUCUUUGUCUUUCUGUCUUUCUAUCUUUGUCUAUGUCAUUCCUUGUCCAUCCAUCCCUUUUCUCAUGUAAGGGAGAGUAGUAUACACGCGUACUGACAAAGCGCGCGACUGAGAAGAGAGAAAACUACUCUCGUGGAUAUACAUCUGUACAGGUGGUUCGUGCAAAAGGAUCGAUCGUAGGAUAACGUCGUUCUAACGCGUGAUUCAAUAUUCUCCUAUUCACUUUCUAUCUGUCUAUGUCUAUCUCUCUCUCUCUCUAAUAUACACAGGAUAGACACACGUACUUUGAAUCUAUCUAUCUAACUUUGCCUUCUUUAUUUCUGCCUAAUCUCUUUCUCUCUCAAUGGUCAUCUGUUUUGAUCUACAAUGACAAAUUCUUGAGAAGACAACUGAUAGAAAAAAAAAAGGCGGGACAUCUUGGAAAAUUUCAACAAACACAACAAGGAAGAUUGUAUAUAUACAGGAAAAAAUAAUCUGUGUAAGUGGAAAGGAUAAGAUAGAUAAAAAAUGAAAUAAGUAAUUCUAGACUGAUAGAAUCAAAUAUCAAAAGAGAGAGAGUGAAGAAGAAGAAGAAGAAGAAGAAGGAUUUGGUAAUCCUGUUACGAAGGCUACAACUACUACUACUUCUUUAUAUUUGCAUGUAUAAAUAAAUAGGAAGAAUCAUUUUGAUAAAAGACAUUCCUGACAGAUAGUAUUAUCUACUAGCUAGAUAUAUGAUAUAAAUAUAUCUUUUUUUUUUUAAAGGGAGAGAAGAUAGUAAUUAAUUUAGAACGAUAUUCAUCGUGAAUUUGAAGGCAAACGACCAAGUUAGUUGACUCGAGUUUUAUAUCUCUGGCCCUAAGAGAAAAAAAAAAAAGGAAAAUACGACGACUCUGACCCUCUUUGUAUCAUUAAUGAAGAUUUUCAACGAGAGUUACCGUGGGGGAAGUUUACUCUUUUUUUUUUGCUCCUUCUGAGGCCUAUCCUUACGAGAGACAACGAUAUUUAAUCUAAAAAGAAAAAAGAAAAAAAAAAAGUCCAAGAUAUAUAUGUUUAUAUAAUGGAAUUUCGAAGAUAGUAAUGAUCAUCAAAUCAACGAAUUCCUUCUGUUAGUAAAUCGAAUCUCAGUGAGGUAUGAACAUUCCGUUAAAUUAGUAAGAGGAGGAAUCCCAGUGAGGUGCCUAACUCAUGCGAUCGGCUUAGCAACGAUUCACGUAUUCGAUUCGUAAAGCUCCCGGUGCGGUUGAACGCACACCAACGUGCGCCUGUUGUUGUCGUGGAUUUAAAAAUAUCGAAUUCUGUUGUUACCUAGUACGGUUGAGAUGAAAUCGGAUCAUUCAAAGAGAUAACGAUUCCAAGAGAAUUAAUACUCGUGGUAAUAGAUCAAACAGAUCGAUGAUCCAUUUCACAAUGUUUCAUAGUUCCUCUCGUUUAAACGAGCAUCUUGUAAUAGUAAUCCUUGAGAGAUUAUGAUCGAUAAUAUCGUUUGUAGAAAUUAUAUUUAAAAGAAAAAGAUAAUACAAACGAGAGUAAGGAAGGAAGGAAGGAAGGGAGGAAGGGCAGAAGAAGAAGAAGAAGAAGAAGAAGAAGAAGAAGAAGAAGAUAAGAUCGGUAGUGGUGGUCUGGUAAUCGAGGAGGACACUCGAUGAGUCCUAGCAGAAAGAAUUUAAGAGGAGGGAAUCGCGGCAUCGAGUCGUGGCGAGUAUCAGAAAGUUGUUUGGGGUUGGCCAAUAGGACAACGACGAGAAGGGGGUUCGAAGGAACGAGUAGGACGAGGUGGAUCAGGUUGGCGCCUCUUUGAGAGCCGCGGGUGGGUGAUGCGGGGUAGCAGCUCGGAUCUUCUGUUGGAGGCGAGCUGUGGGCACUGUCACUGCCAUUGCCAGUGUCAGUGCCAGAACGAUUAUCAUCAUCAUCAUCGUCGUUAUCACGGUGGUCAACAGAGUGUUGGCAGUUCGAGCGCAGGUGGGGAUCUCGGGGACGGUGGUGGUGGAGGAGGUGGAGGCGGUGGAGGAAGUGGUAACGACCGCCAUCAUCACCACUAUCAUCAUCAUCAUCAUCAUAGYCAUCAUCAUCAUAGGCAGGAACGUUACAAGAAAAAAAACGAACCGCGCGAAUCCAAAGAAGGAGAAUUACGUCGUCGCAAACUGUUGGAGUUAGGAUUUGGCGCUGCUAGGCGCCGACCGCCACGGCGCACCUGCCGUCAGCGGCUUAAUUUUUACGCGACCUCGGCGUUGGCCUUCGUCGCUACCUCGGGCGGAGCCGCCCUCCUCUUCCUGGUACCGCUUUACGUUGAUCCGGCUAUCAGUACCCUAGCCGCUGAUUUUUCACCAGAACCGGUUAUAUGUACUACUUCUAGAAGGGAGGAACUUUGGGGUCUUUUCAAUUGCACAUGGAGUUCUUGUCGGGAGGGUUGUACCAGUGACGUUUAUAGGUGUACUCAUAUAUACGUAACGUAUUCACCUUGGAACAACGAUAGUAUGAAAAACGAUACGGAAAUUAACGGGCCUUCUACGACAAUUACCACCACCACCACAACCACGUCUACCGCUGAUUCUGUCCCUGCACCAACGAAUGUCGGCGACAUCGAAGCGGUACUACUCGUUAAUAUCAAAGGCUGCGGUUAUCCACCUGUCGUAGAUUGCGAGAAUUUUACUCGUGACAUGGGCUACGAAGGUGCUAAGUUUCCGUGUUAUUACAGUCGCGUUAACGGUAGCAUCGUGAUGGCAUCGUAUAACAGAGAGGAGCAGGUAGCUACGAUCAUUCAACUAUUCGCAGCACCCUUGGUCGUAACUCUAGCAACUAGUGUAGUCCUUUGCGUCAUGCAUUGUGACUGCAGGUGUACUCCACCCCCGAGGCAUCCAACGCGUGGCAUGAGAAUGCAUCGAGCUAACGAUCUCAGCGACCACUCUAUCAGCAACCGCGUGGAUAGGCGAGGUUAUCCGAUGCACUGUGAAUGUGAAUGCGGUGAAGUAACCAGACCCUUAUGACGACGCGAGGAAACGGCUGAGAGUGGUUUGAUCACUUCUCAGUCGGAUUUUUAGGAUUUAUAAUCGAUAUAUAUAUAUAUAAAUCUUCCUUCCAUAAUAUCCUCCCAAUUAAAAUUAAUUUAUUUUCAUUUUUAAUUUCAUUUUUUUCUUUUGUUUCUUAUGUUAGUAACAGUUUUAACAUACGAAAGUGUAUAUAUCAACAUGCACAUACACAAACAUAUAUAUAUAUAUAUAUAUAUAUAUAUAUAUAUAUAUACACGCAGAAUUAUGCACACAUUUUAGAAAACGUUAAAAUAUUUUUGAAAAUCGAACUACGAUUGAAAAAGUUUCGUCAUAUUUGUUAUAUCAUUAUGUCGUAUAAAACCCAUGAUCAAGAAAUAAUUACCAUGAUACCUAUUCGAAGGGUACCACUAUAGGGUUGGUUACUUGAUGAUAAAAUUAUUCCAAUCUCGUAUAUGAUAAUAACUAUGCCUAUUUGCUAUUACUGUUGCUGCUGCUACUGCUGCUGCUGCAUCACGUGUAAGAAGACAUCACAAGGAAACUCACCCUGAAUAAUAUUUGCUUCGUUAUCACAAAUUUUGCGUCAAGUUUAACAAAAAAGAAAAUAAUAAUUAUUACCAAAGUGAUAUAAGGGAUGAAAUUUAAUGUGCAGUUUAAUUUAACAUUGUAUCUUUGUUUUUUUCUUUUUUCUUUUGCCUUCGAUAGAUUCGAAAAUAAAUGGGGAAAGUUAAUAAACAAAAAAGAACAAAAGAAUAAAAGGCAAAGUGUUCCAAAAAGUAGUACGAGCAGCCAGACUUUCAAUAGGUGCUCAUAAAAUCUAGUUCGAGCAUUCCUGAGACCAUUUUCUAUAAAAGAUUCAAGCCGAUAGGUAGAUAAAAAGGGUAGAUAGAUUUAGUUUAGAUAGAUAGAUAGAUAGAUAGAUAGGUAGAUAGAC